GGUCGCCUCAGCCAUGGCCCUGCGCAAGGAGCUGCUUAAGUCCGUCUGGUACGCUUUCACCGCGCUGGACGUGGAGAAGAGCGGCAAGGUCUCCAAGUCCCAGCUCAAGGUGCUGUCCCACAACCUGUACACCGUCCUGCACAUCCCUCACGACCCUGUGGCCCUGGAGGAGCACUUCCGAGAUGAUGACGAUGGCCCUGUGUCCAGCCAGGGGUACAUGCCCUACCUCAACAAAUACAUCCUGGACAAGGUGGAGGAGGGGGCUUUCGUUAAGGAGCACUUUGAUGAGCUGUGCUGGACCCUCACGGCCAAGAAGAACUAUCGGGUGGAUAGCAACGGGAACAGCAUGCUCUCCAAUCAGGAUGCCUUCCGCCUCUGGUGCCUCUUCAACUUCCUGUCUGAGGACAAGUACCCUCUGAUCAUGGUUCCUGAUGAGGUGGAAUACCUGCUGAAGAAGGUGCUCAGCAGCAUGAGCUUGGAGGUGGGCUUGGGUGAGCUGGAGGAGCUGCUGGCCCAGGAGGCCCAGGCAGCCCAGAGCACCAGCGGGCUCAGCGUCUGGCAGUUCCUGGAGCUCUUCAACUCAGGCCGCUGUCUGCGAGGCGUGGGGCGAGACACCCUCAGCAUGGCCAUCCACGAGGUCUACCAGGAACUCAUCCAAGACGUCCUGAAGCAGGGCUACCUGUGGAAGCGAGGGCACCUGAGGAGGAACUGGGCAGAACGCUGGUUCCAGCUGCAGCCCAGCUGCCUCUGCUAUUUCGGGAGUGAAGAGUGCAAGGAGAAAAGGGGUACAAUCCUGCUGGAUGCGCAGUGCUGCGUGGAGGUGAUGCCCGACCGAGAAGGGAAGCGCUGCAUGUUCUGUGUGAAGACUGCCUCCCGCACAUACGAGAUGAGCGCCUCAGACACGCGCCAGCGCCAGGAAUGGACGGCUGCCAUCCAGACGGCGAUCCGGCUGCAGGCCGAGGGGAAGAUGUCGCUGCACAAGGACCUGAAGCAGAAGCGGCGCGAGCAGCGGGAGCAGCGGGAGCGGCGCCGGGCGGCCAAGGAGGAGGAGGUGCUGCGGCUGCAGCAGCUACAGGAGGAGAAGGAGCGGAAGCUGCAGGAGCUGGAGCUGCUGCAGGAGGCGCAGCGGCAGGCCGAGCGCCUGCUGCAGGAGGAGGAGGAGCGGCGCCGCAGCCAGCACCGCGAGCUGCAACUGGCGCUCGAGGGCCAACUGCGCGAGGCUGAGCAGGCAAGGGCCUCCAUGCAGGCUGAGAUGGAGCUGAAGAAGGAGGAGGCUGCCCGGCAGCGGCAGCGCAUCGAGGAGCUGGAGGAGAUGCAGCAGAGGCUUCAGGAGGCCCUGCAACUGGAGGUGAAAGCUCGGCAAGAUGAGGAGGCCGUGCGCCUAGCCCAGACCAGACUGCUGGAGGAGGAGGAGGAGAAAUUGAAGCAGCUGCUGCAGCUGAAGGAGGAACAGGAGCGCUAUAUUGAGCGGGCGCAGCAGGAGAAGCAGGAACUGCAGCAGGAGAUGGCCCUGCAGAGCCGCUCCCUGCAGCAGGCCCAGCAGCAGUUGGAGGAGGUGCGACAGAACCGGCAGAGAGCUGACGAGGACGUGGAGGCUGCACAACGGAAGUUGCGCCAGGCCAGCACGAACGUGAAACACUGGAAUGUCCAGAUGAACCGGCUCAUGCAUCCAAUUGAACCUGGAGACAAGCGUCCCACCACCAGCAGCUCCUUCACAGGCUUCCAGGCCCCUCUACUUGUCCGCCGUGACUCCUCCCUAAAACGCCUGACUCACUGGGGAUCCCACGACAACAAGACCCCCUCACCCAGCAGCAGUGAGCAGCAGAAGUCCCUCAAUUGUGGGGAAGAGGCGCCCGUCUCAGCUUCCGCCCCUCAGGAAGAUAAAGUGGACCCAGCACCAGAAAACUAACCUCUGCUAGCCUCUUUCCCCCAACCUCAUGCCUACUAGGACCUGGCCACAGCUGGCCUGUGGGUGACACCAGCCCCUGCAGAAGAAGGAGCUACAGUCCUGGUGCCAAGGGCCCAGGCCCUCCAACCAUGAAACAGUCCAGAAUGGAACCUGGUUCAUUUUUUUGCACCAGCCCCAGGCCCCAGACCACUGAGGCUGUCAGGGAUGUUGAUCCUUGAGAACUUGACCCUGUGCCUUAACCCCAAGGACUCUGUGCCCUAGGCUGGGAAAGAGAGUCAACAAGCAAGCCAGGGGCCAUCUGCCCCCAGACUGCCACCAAGUUGUGGAGGCACAUUUCCAAAUAAAAUCAGCUCUUGGGAUAAAUUAUGCAUC